UCAAUUAUAUGUUUUUCUGUUGUUUACUCCUAUAUAGGAUCUCUAACUAUUUUCUUAUCUUAAAUGUUUAUAAUCUUUAUCUUCUAUAUAUAUAUUCACAACUCUUUUAAUAAAAGCCUGCUCAGACCUCAAAGAUGGCAAGUACAUUUGAGAAGAACAUCCUCAAAACCCCAGCCCUUCUAGGUUACAUCUUUCAAACAAACUCUUAUCCAAGAGAACAUGAGCAAUUGAAGAAGCUGAGAGAAGCCACAGUCACGAACUAUAAUCAAAGCAGUGUGAUGAGUGUGGCAGUAGAUGGACAACUUUUGUCAAUGUUAUUAAAAGUGAUGAAUGCAAAAAAGACUAUUGAAGUUGGCGUCUUUACUACCUAUUCUCUUCUUUCCACUGCUCUUGCUAUACCUGCUAAUGGACAUAUAAUAACCAUUGAUACAAAUAGAGAAGCCUUUGAAUUUGGAUUGGAGUUUAUUAAAAAAGCAGGGGUUGAUAAGAAAAUUAACUUCAUUAACUCUGAUGCUUACUCUGUUCUUAAUGAUCUCAUUAACAAUGAGAAAGAAAUUGGUAGGUUUGAAUUUGCAUUUGUGGAUGCUGCCAAGGAGGAUUUCAUUAAGCUUCUAAAGUUGGUUACAAUUGGUGGAGUCAUCGCAUAUGACAAUAGCUUAUGGUGUGGAACAGUGGCACAAACAUUAGAGGAAUUGCACCAAAAUCUUGAUGAUCAUCCUCGUCGUGAUAUGCUAAUCAAAGUAACAAAUGAAACACGAGAUUUCAAUACCUUCAUUUCAUAG